GCGCCCGACCCGGCGCUCCUCAAGAUGGCUGCUGACAGUGAGCCCGAGUCCGAAGUAUUUGAAAUCACAGACUUCACCACUGCCUCGGAAUGGGAAAGGUUUAUUUCUAAAGUUGAAGAAGUCUUGAAUGACUGGAAACUGAUUGGAAACUCUUUGGGAAGGCCACUUGAAAAGGGUAUAUUUACUUCUGGCACAUGGGAAGAAAAAUCAGAUGAAAUUUCCUUUGCUGACUUCAAGUUCUCAGUCACUCACCAUUAUCUUGUACAAGAAUCCGUUGAUAAAGAAGGAAGGGAUGAAAUAUUAGAAGAUGCUAUUCCACAGUCUAUGCAAGAUUUGCUAUGUAUGAAUAAUGACUUUCCUCCAAGAGCACAUUGCCUGGUAAGAUGGUAUGGCCUACGUGAGUUUGUGGUGAUUGCUCCUGCUGCACACAGUGAUGCAGUUCUCAGUGAAUCUAAGUGCAACCUUCUUCUGAGUUCUGUUUCUAUUGCUUUGGGAAACACUGGCUGUCAAGUACCACUCUUUGUGCAAAUUCAUCAUAAAUGGCGAAGAAUGUAUGUUGGAGAAUGUCAAGGUCCUGGUAUCCGAACUGAUUUUGAAAUGGUUCAUCUUCGAAAAGUACCAAAUCAGUACACUCAUUUAUCGGGUCUACUGGAUAUCUUCAAAUCAAAGAUUGGAUGUCCUUUAACUCCAUUGCCUCCAGUUAGUAUUGCUAUUCGAUUUACCUAUGUGCUUCAGGAUUGGCAGCAAUACUUUUGGCCUCAGCAACCUCCAGAUAUAGAUGCACUUGUAGGAGGAGAAGUUGGAGGCCUGGAGUUUGGCAAGUUACCAUUUGGUGCCUGUGAAGAUCCUAUUAGUGAACUCCAUUUAGCAACUACGUGGCCUCAUUUGACUGAAGGAAUCAUUGUGGAUAAUGAUGUUUAUUCUGAUUUGGAUCCUAUUCAAGCACCGCAUUGGUCUGUUAGAGUUCGAAAAGCUGAUAAUCCUCAGUGUUUGCUAGGUGAUUUUGUCACUGAAUUUUUUAAAAUUUGUCGUCGAAAGGAGUCAACUGAUGAGAUUCUUGGACGAUCCACAUUUGAGGAAGAAGGACGAGAAAUUGCUGAUAUAACUCAUGCAUUGUCAAAGUUGACAGAGCCAACACCAGUUCCAAUUCAUAAAUUAUCAGUUUCAAAUAUGGUACACACAGCAAAGAAGAAAAUACGAAAACACAGAGGUUUAGAAGAGUCACCAUUGAACAAUGAUGUCCUCAAUACUAUUCUUUUGUUCUUAUUUCCAGAUGCUGCUUCUGAAAAAACAUUAGAUGGAACUACUUCAAUAGAUAACAGUAAUCUUCCAUCAGAGAGUGAAGACUAUAAUCUCUACAAUCAGUUCAAAUCUGCACCAUCCGACAGUUUAACCUAUAAAUUGGCUUUGUGUCUUUGUAUGAUCAAUUUCUACCAUGGAGGGUUAAAAGGAGUGGCACACCUCUGGCAGGAAUUUGUUCUUGAAAUGCGCUUCAGAUGGGAAAACAACUUUUUGAUUCCAGGGUUAACAGGUGGACCCCCAGAUCUAAGAUGUUGUUUACUGCAUCAGAAACUACAGAUGUUAAAUUGUUGUAUUGAAAGAAAGAAGGCACGUGAUGAGGGGAAAAAGACCUCUGAUAAUAUAACAAAUACAUAUCCAGGGGAUGUUGGAAAAGCUGCAGACCUGUUGGGGCCAGACCAUCGUAAAGAUACAGAUAAGGAAAAGGGAGAGGUGGGGAAAUCUUGGGAUUCCUGGAGUGAUAGUGAUGAAGAAUUUUUUGAGUGCCUAAGUGAUACUGAAGAACUUAAGGGAAAUGGACAAGAGAGUGGCAAGAAAGGAGGACCGAAGGAAAUGGUAAAUUUAAAGCCAGAAGGACGUCUCCAUCAGCAUGGCAGGCUUACACUGCUACAUAAUGGAGAACCUCUCUACAUUCCAGUYACUCAGGAACCAGCACCUAUGACAGAAGAUCUGCUAGAAGAGCAAUCUGAGGUCUUAGCUAAAUUAGGUACAUCGGCAGAAGGGGCUCACCUCAGAGCACGCAUGCAGAGUGCCUGUCUGCUCUCGGAUAUGGAGUCUUUUAAGGCAGCCAAUCCAGGAUGUAUUCUGGAAGAUUUUGUGAGAUGGUAUUCACCCCGGGACUAUAUUGAAGAGGAGGUGAUUGAUGAAAAAGGUGAUGUGAUUCUAAAAGGAGAGCUGAGUGCCCGAAUGAAAAUUCCAAGCAAUAUGUGGGUAGAAGCCUGGGAAACAGCUAAACCAAUUCCUGCUAGAAGGCAAAGAAGGCUCUUUGAUGAUACACGUGAAGCAGAAAAGGUGCUACACUAUCUAGCAUUCCAGAAACCUGCAGACCUUGCUCGGCACCUGUUACCUUGUGUGAUUCAUGCAGCUGUACUCAAGGUAAAGGAAGAAGAAAGUCUGGAAAAUAUUUCUUCUGUUAAGAAGAUUAUAAAGCAGAUCAUAUCUCAUUCCAGUAAAGUUUUGCACUUCCCCAAUCCAGAAGACAAGAAAUUGGAAGAGAUCAUCCAUCAAAUUACUAAUGUUGAAGCUAUAAUUGCUAGAGCCCGGUCCCUGAAAGCCAAGUUUGGAACUGAAAAAUGUGAACAAGAGGAGGAAAAGGAAGAUCUUGAAAGGUUUGUGAGUUGCCUGUUGGAGCAGCCCGAAGUGUUAGUCACCGGGGCAGGAAGAGGACACGCUGGAAGGAUCAUUCACAAGUUGUUUGUGAAUGCUCAGAGGCUGACUGAAUCUUCUGAUGAGGCUGCAGCCAUGGCUCCACCAGAGGAGGAACUGAAGAGAGUGGGCUGCCCAGAGGAAAGAAGGCACAACCCAGUAUCUGACUUCCCUGCUCCUGCUGGCCGGGAACUCAUCUUACGCACCACCGUGCCGCGCCCCGCACCCUACUCCAAAGCUCUGCCUCAGCGGAUGUACAGUGUUCUCACCAAAGAGGACUUUAGACUUGCAGGUGCCUUCUCGUCAGAUACCUCCUUCUUCUGAGUCUCCUAAGCAUUACCUCAGUGGGGCUUCAGAGGCACCGCCACCUGCUUCCACAGGAACAAGUGCCAGGAAAACCCGAGAGGCCCCACAUAGGUGGCCCUGCACAGCUGAGCGAUCAAGAAUCACACCAGCAUCCGAAGGACUUUGCAGCACCAAGCUUAGGCUCUCUUGUACCUUGAYGGGGGCAGAGGGAAUGGGCUUCAGUUGUUGAAAAGAUUUCUGACUCAAAGAAAUGGACUUUGAGUAUGGGGGUAAACCAAAAAUCAGGAGAAGCUCUUUGUCCUCACUCAUCUGGGAUACUUUUUAUCUCAUUCUCCUCUGUGACUGUCCUCUGGGCCACUACCUUGCACUCAUAGUCUGUAAACAGUUAAUGGUUGUAUUUAUUAGGAUCAGGAAUGCAAAGAUAGAAUAUCUGUUAACUCAAAUUUCUGGAUAUUUUGGUGGUAGCUUCUAGUCCCAGAAUCUGUUUAAUUCACUACAUACAUGUCCAUAUUCUGUUUGUUCAAUCAUCUGGUGGUCAUCUGUAUUAUACUAAUUAACUUUUGAUGAACAUUUAGAAUAUUCUAGGAGAAAGCCUAGAACUUCACUUCGUUUUUCCAUGUAACUGUAACCUAAAUGUACUCCUUCUGGUGAAACAGUACAUUAAAUGUCACUGUACAUUAGUUCUGCAUAUAUUGUGAAAGAUGUUUUGUCAUUGGUUCUCCUUUGGGUUGCCCAAAUUACCAGCCUGUAAAGUUCUCCCUUCUCUUGCAAUGCAGCAUGCCGUCUUCUUUGGUGGUUGCUGCUGGGYACUGUGUUUAAUGAUGUAGAGAUGAGCACAUGCUAAAAAUAGAGCCUUGUUACAUAGACUAUCAUGCAGUUAGUAUAAUUUGGUAUAUGUGCUAAUGUAAUGAGUAGAGGAUUACUUUAAUGCACUAUUUUGCUUUUGCAUUUUAGUUAAAAUGAAAAUAAUCUCUGGGGAUGUAUAGCACCCAGGUUAAGGAUAACACCACUGUAUUUCUAGUUUUGUGAGGACUAGGAUGUAUUAAGUCUAUGAUGCUAUGUGGCCUCUUGUUUAGCAAUCUUAUUUUUAGGCCUAAAAUUUCCACUUUAAUCCAAAGUAAAAAUAAAUAUACUGAAGCCUAAUUGUUCCUGUGUACCUUUAAAGGAUUGCUAGAGUUGUGCAAAUUGUUAUUUUUGU